AUGUUUCAUGUCGUAGCACAUAUAAGAUAGGAGAUGGGAAAGUAAUAUACACCUCACUGUUUCAUAACCUAUGGUAUUUUUUCUUGCACAAUACAUACAAAAAGCACUGGAAUGUGUCCCAAUAAUAAUGCUAUAGCCAACAAAGGAAAUUUCUUCUUAGUUUCCUUCUUCACUUCACUUUCAUGUUUCUUCUAUUCCAGCUACAACACACAACCCCAUUAAUAACAAAUACACUGGGAAUCAAGAUAAAUAAAGCAUAAGAAAUACCCAAACCUUGCAUUAAAAUUAGUGCAUGUGAGUUUUGUAAUGGCUUCCAAUAUGGCUCCCAAGCAAGAACAAACAUUCACCUUGAGGCUUUUGGUGGACAGAGAGAAAAAUCGUGUAGUUGUGGCUGAAGCAAGUGGAGACUUCAUAGACACUCUCUUUAGCUUCCUCACUCUUCCGUUGGGAACUAUCAUCCGGUUACUGUCGAAUAACCAACAGCAUGAUCAACCGGCCGAGCUUGGCUGCAUUAGCAAUCUGUACCAAAGUGUGGAGAAUUCAAGUGUUGAGGUUUUUUGGAACCAUAUAUGCAAGGAAAUGCUGCUUCGUCCGCAGAACAAUUGCGAACCCCUUUGCCGAAAGCUGAAGUUGAAUGUGGAUGACACAGAGUCCUUAAGGUACUUCAUGUGUAGCAACUGUAAGAAGGGGAGUAAUUGGUUGUUGAGUACGUUUACUGGUGCUAGUUGUUGCUCUUGUGGGAAAUCGAUGGACAAAGAAAUGAAACUCUUAGGAGAUUCCGAGGAUGAGACGCAUACCGAUGGUGUCUUUGUUAAAGGGGAAGCCAUGUAUUUCAUCUUGGAUGAUCUGAGAGUUCUUCAAAGCUCUCCUAACAACUUUGUUAAGGAACUUACCCAACUUGGCUACAGGAACUUCCAUAAGCUUAUAGACAUAUCCCCAUGUGUUGGACUGAAGGAGAUUCUGGACUUACUAAAGCAGGCAUUGACCUCCAAGUCUGCUCUCAGUGAUGUAUUCUUUGCAUAUGGAGAAUCUUUGGGGAUGUGCACUUUCUCACCAAAAAUUGGACCAAAACAUGAAGAACCUGGAUUUGAUUUUGGUGUUUCUAUAAACCUUAAGGUAAUAUUGAGAAAAUCAAAGAAGAAGAUAGUGUAUGCUGAAGCAGAGGGUGAUUUUGUUGAUUUUCUAUUCAGUUUUCUCACAGCACCCCUUGGAUCCAUUCUAAAUCUUUUGGAUGGAUAUUCUUCUCUUGGAUGCAUUGACAACUUGUACAAAAGUGUGAAAGAACUCAAUUCAUCACGGCUCACAAUCACAAGGCCUUCUGGAACUCCAUUGCUUGAUCUGCGAGUCGCGCCACAAUUCAGUUACAGGAGGCAGCCAUUGAAGCUUCCUGAAGAAGAUACUCCAAGUUAUUGGUAUGGCAGAGGUUUAAUAAAGAAUAGCAUAUGCUAUGUUAAUCCAAAUGGUGUGAUUUCUAAGAAGAGGAGUUUGGUGGAGAAUCCUGAUGCAAUGAAACUUUUUGAUCCAAGAUCACCUGAUGGAACAAGAGAACUUGCUGUGGGAUUUGUGAAGAGGCCAUCACUGUUUGUUGUAUGGGAUGAUUUGAAAGUGAUGCCACUGGCAAAUGCUUCUAGCAUUUGUUUUAUACAAAAGAUGAAUCUGCCAUUGGAUGAUUUGGAGGAGCAUGUCUUGUGCAUUAGGGAGGUAGAGGCACUAAACUUGUUGAGGGCUUCUUUGACAUCCAAAGCUGCAUUGACAGAAGGUCUAUCCUACCUCUUGGAAAAUCCAAACCAAGAUGCUAAAGCUUGAUUUUUUUUCUAGUUGGUGUGAUGCUGAAUAAUAGAAUAACCCCAAUAAUUUGUUUUAUAUAUUAGAACUAGCUAUCAUAUAUGUUACCAUUGAGUGAGAUUCUUCUGGCAUUUUGAUUUUGAUGCUUCCUUGUUCUAUUUUGGAAGUGAUGAUAAGUUUGAUAACUGCAAGCGCUUUGUUAGCACUAGCACAACAUAACACAGCUUGACUGUUGAUGCUGAAUAUUACGCAUCUUUUUGUAUAUUCAUCAUUUCAUCACUUUGAGACUCAUUGUAUUAUGUAAUAGUGAUGAAAUAAAGAGUUAUAGGGGGUGAUAUUACUGUGAAACAUGAGGAAUUGAUAA